UCGCACCCCCGCGCCCGGAGCAGGUCUGGCGGCCGGCGCGUGGCGGGCUGGAGUUGGGGUAGGGGGGUCACCUCCUAGGACUGUGCCGAGUGGAAAACUUCUUCCUGCCCGUCAGAAGGCCUGCAGUCAACAUGGCAAUGCGGGAGCUGGUGGAGGCAGAGUGUGGUGGGGCCAACCCACUCAUGAAGCUGGCAGGUCAUUUUACCCAAGACAAAGCCUUGCAGCAGGAAGGGCUGCAGCCUGCCCCCUGGCCCCCAGGAACCCCAGCACCUGAAUCGGUCUCCAAGCCUUUGGGAGUGGCUUCUGAAAAUGAGUUGGUGGCUGAAUUCCUUCAGGACCAGAAUGCCCCACUUGUGUCCCGGGCUCCCCAAACCUUCAAGAUGGAUGAUCUAUUGGCAGAAAUGCAAGAAAUUGAACAGUCUAGCUUCCGCCAGGCUCCCCAGAGAGCCCCAGGUGUGGCCGACCUGGCACUAUCUGAGAACUGGGCUCAAGAGUUCCUGGCAGCUGGAGAUGCCGUGGACGUAGCUCAAGAUUACAAUGAGGCUGACUGGUCUCAGGAAUUCAUACCUGAAGUUACAGACCCCUCAUCGGUGUCCCCUGCCCGCUGGGCUGAGGAGUACCUGGAACAGUCAGAAGAGAAACUCUGGCUAGGAGAGCCUGAGGGAACAACCACCACUGACCACUGGUACAAGGAAUAUCUUCCUGAUGAAGACCUGCAGUCCACUGCCAAUGACUUCGUGGCCAAGGUGGAUGACCCUAAAUUAGCUAAUUCUGAGUUCCUGCGAUUCGUGCGGCAGAUCGGAGAGGGGCGGGUGUCCCUGGAUGCCAAUGCGGGGUCCAGCCAGGAGCAGGCAGAACAGUGGGCAGCAGAGUUUGUGCAGCAGCAGGGCACAUCAGAGGCCUGGGUAGACCAGUUCACACGGCCAGCGAAUGUGCCUGCCCUUGAUACAGAAUUUGAAAGAGCCAAGUCAGCCGUAGAGUCUGAUGUUGACUUCUGGGAUAAGCUGCAGGCAGAAUGGGAAGAGAUGGCGAAACGGGAUGCUGAGGCCCAUCCUUGGCUCUCUGACUAUGAUGACCUCACUUCUUCUUCCUAUGAUAAGGGUUAUCAGUUUGAAGAAGAGAACCCACUUCGGGACCAUCCCCAGCCAUUUGCAGAGGGGCUGCUGCGGCUGCAGGAGGGGGACCUGCCAAAUGCAGUCCUUCUCUUUGAGGCUGCGGUGCAGCAGGAUCCUGAGCACAUGGAGGCCUGGCAGUACCUGGGUACCACCCAAGCAGAGAAUGAACAAGAACUAUUGGCUAUCAGUGCCCUUCGAAGAUGUCUGGAGCUAAAGCCAGAUAAUCUGACAGCACUAAUGGCACUGGCUGUGAGCUUCACUAAUGAAUCCCUACAGCGCCAGGCCUGUGAGACCCUGCGGGACUGGCUACGAUACACACCUGCCUAUGCCCAUCUGGUGACACCUGCUGAGGAGGGAGCUGGUGGGACAGGGCUGGCUCCAAGCAAGCGCAUCUUGGGUUCUUUGCUGUCUGACUCCUUAUUUGUGGAGGUAAAGGAAUUGUUCUUAGCAGCUGUACGACUUGAUCCUGCAUCCAUUGACCCCGAUGUGCAGUGUGGCCUGGGGGUCCUUUUCAACUUGAGUGGAGAGUAUGACAAGGCUGUGGACUGUUUUACAGCUGCCCUCAGUGUUCGCCCGAAUGACUAUUUGCUGUGGAAUAAACUGGGAGCCACCCUGGCAAACGGAAAUCAGAGUGAAGAAGCGGUGGCUGCAUACCGCCGGGCCCUGGAACUACAACCAGGCUAUAUCCGCUCCCGAUAUAACUUGGGGAUAAGCUGCAUUAAUCUUGGAGCUCACAGAGAAGCUGUGGAGCACUUCUUGGAGGCAUUGAACAUGCAGCAGAAAAGCCGAGGUCCCCGGGGCAAGGGAGGUGCCAUGUCGGAGAAUAUCUGGAGUACUCUGCGCAUGGCACUGUCUAUGCUGGGCCAGAGCGAUGUCUAUGGGGCAGCAGAUGCUCGGGACCUGCCCACUCUGCUUCGUACAUUUGGCCUGCCCCAGUGACAGUGGGAUGGGCUGCCCUGUGAGUGUUCUCCCUGAGGGGUCCCCGCUCCUGCUGUGACUCCCUCCCUCCCAAAGGGUCUCCCAAGAGGGUGGGCUGAUAACCACAUGCGGUACGGCUUCUCAGGAGGUGCCUGGGGAAGUGGAGAAAGGUCAGGUGGUCAGAUAUUUUAUUCUCCAGUUAAUUGUGGGGAAUUGAGCCUGUCUUUUUCCUGGGUCCUCUUGGCAGUUAGAGGGUUUCACAUCAAGCUAUGUAUCUAUCUCCCUGAUCGUUAUGCCCUGCCUUUUUGGAUCUGCCAUUUGGGUAGGGCUCAACAUAAUAGGGUGGACCCCCCCUCCAACAGCUACUUAUUGUAGAAACUAUCACACAUGAAAUGACCCUUCCCACCCCCAUUCUCUUUUACUGGGAGUUUGUCACAUCACAGACUUUGAGUAGUGGGUUUCCCCUCCACCAUCAGUCCCUAUGUAUUUCUGGGAUGGGAUUUCCGUUAGGGUGCCCUGUAUGAGUUAAAUAUUUGGCCCAGCGGAGGUGAAGUUCUUGUAGGUUUUGUCUGAAGCUGUGUUCCUUUUGAGCUGCCCCUGGCUGUGGGGUUAUGAGCAUGAGGCUGCAUGCACUGGUUUGUUCACAGUAGGGCUGCUUUAGGGGAAAAAAAAAAGCUCAGGUGGCUGUGUCAAGGGAUUAGAUAAAAUGAGUGCUCUGGGUUUAGAGGCUGAAAGCAUGCUGUGGAGUGAGCCUACAAAAUAAUUUGGUUCUGGGUAUAAAAUGAAUUAGAAUAAGGAGCACUUUAGUGGGUGUGGGAGAGGGGGUAGGCAGAACAUUUAGGAGGAGUGCUUGGAGCUAGCUCUGGAGGCCACCAGCAAAGUCCUAGUUGUUAGAAGGGCUGUGAUUGAGAACUGAGUUGGCCAUUUCCCUGGGAACAGGUU